AAACCCUGAGAGAGUGAGGGCAGCUCUCAGUUCAUUCCGAGAACGGCCCGUGUACAGAGAGGAUGGAGAGCUGGCCACUGCUACUUGUGCUAUUCCUGCUGGUGAAGAUAUCCUCGGGAAAGGAUUGCCCUGCAGGCUGGUACUUGAAUUCCAAGAAUCAAGAGUGCACACCCUGUCCAGCAGGAUCGUACACCGAGAACCCAAAUCAUGGCCAUUCCUGCAACAGGUGUCGACAGUGUAUUGGAGGGAAGUUUUUGAUCUUAGCAUCCUGUACAUCAAUCUCUAACACCAAGUGUCAAUGUGUCGAGGGCUUCAUGUGUACAAAUAAAGAGUGCAAAUCCUGUGAAGCCCAUAAAGUGUGCAAGAAAGGACAACAAGUGCAACAGAAAGGUGACUCCUUCAGGAACACAGUUUGCAGUGACUGCAGGAAUGGUACAUAUUCUGACAGAGAAGGUGGAGUCUGCAAACCCUGGACUGACUGCUCCGCAAAACGUCUCCAAGUCCUGAGGAAUGGUUCACAGACGGAGGAUGCAAUAUGUGGAGCUCCAGUGACAGUCCCACAGCUUCUGACCACCUCAGUCCGACCUACGAUCGGAACCCCUAGGCAGCCAGACAAUCCACUGAUCGAAGAUGCAACAAAAAAUGAGGGCAUCGUUGGGAUUGCCGCUUUAAUAUUGCUUUCAUGCUCCUUCAUCCCUUUCACUUUAUACCUUGCUGUACAGAACAGAAAAAAAAAGAAGCAUCUGGCUCUGGAUGUAACAAAUCAUGAGGAUCUUCCAGUGGCCCUGAUGACAGUAGGGGACGAUCGGUGCAGCUGUCAUUGUCCGGAAGAGGAGGUGGGAGACUGGCAGCUCCGGCAAGAGACCACUCCCAAACCACCAGAAUGAGCCACUGCCUCCUCCAAUCUGACCAGACUCUAAACCUUGCUGCCCUUGUGAUCAGUUCAUUGUGAAAUGGUGGAAGAAAUAUGAGGUCACUUUCAAAGUGAUUCAUUUCUAGAAAGUCAAAGUAACUGUCCAGAAAGAACUGGACUUAUUUAAAGAACCUGACCCUUUUUCCUUUGUCGUAUAUAGAUGAAUCUUGAGUUUUGUGGAACAGUCGGUCCAUGACAUUGACAUGGUUACAUUAAGACUCACAGAUAACUGCCCCUUUUUGCUUCAAUUGCUCUUUAACCAGACACAUGACUGUCAGAGGUUAAGACUGGAUUUUGCAACUCUCUUUUCUGAUUGAGUUGAGUCUUUAGUAGCCAUGUUUGGCAGACCUGCAGAGUCCCACAUUCAAAUUAAUUGGCAAAAAGGGAGAGGGGCGGUUGGGGGAGGGGAAGAAUUUGCUUCAGUUUACAUGGCAAACAUGCACUCCACAGGAGGGUGGGAAACAGAUUCAGUAAGAACUUUGGAAGAGUGAAUUGAUAAAUACUUGAAAAGAUAAACAAAGGGCAGCGCUUUAAAAGGGCUGGU